AUGUUGCAUCAAAAUCAGCCAAAAAAUAAAAAAAAACGGAUCGAUCUUCUUACCUUUGCAACUAGAGAUGAUGACUCUGAUAGUGAAGUUACUCUUUCGGUUUCUGAUGGUCUUCCUCCUAUUUCCUCGAUGGAAAAAGAAAGGAAAGAUGGGAAGCUAUGGAAAGAGCUUUGUGAUGGACUCCGGCUUAGUUGGAUUGUUGUAAACAAAAAGAUAAAGCAAGCUGCUAAUCUUUCUAGCUGGAGUCCUCUUGGUGGGCAAAGGCAUUGGCCGACAGACAAGGAUUUCGUGAUACGCUUUGGAGCUGUUCUUCCUGCCAAAGACAUUCUUCCAUGUCAAGUUGUGGAAUGCAUCCUAAUUAUGAAGUUCAGAGUCAUCCGUACCGAAGGAGAGGGUGUUCAAACAACCCUCAAGUUAACAGAGUUGAGCAUGCAGUUGGAAGAUAUGGAAGGUGCUCAUGUUAAUGGAAGAAACAGUUUGCUCAUUCUCAAGGAAGCCCUGAGCUGCUGUCGGAGCAAAAACUACAGUGAAGUUCUGGAGUCGUGUCACUUGUACUCAAAAGUGCAAAGCGAGUUAAAAGAGGAGAAGAUGAGGAAUGAAAGCAGGUUAGACAGACUCUGUAUCUUGAGUGGCAUAGCUGCAUUCAUCUCUUUCUGCUACUACAUUUUGUAAAUGAAUGUGCUCUCUUUUCUUUUUAACACAUAGCUGAGAAUGGUCUAACAAACUUUUACCAUUUUGUACUCUUUUGAUGUAUAAUUCAAUUUUGCUUCAACUAAUAAAAGUUUUACUUGUUUGACCUGAAAACUU